UUAAAUUACAUUGACGAGAAGGUUUGGUGAUCGUACAGCUCUUCGCUUUUGUUUCCUCUUUACUUUUGGCUUCGCAAUUGUGCUUUCAAUUUUUCCUUUUGGAUCCAAAAUCAAGAACCCAGUUGUCCCUUCUGCUUCUUCAUCCUGAAAGAUCUUUGUUUUCUGUUUUUUGGGAUCAAUACCCAUUUCAAGAUUCUCUGUUCAAUCACCAGUUUUCCGGCAAAACUCCCAGUCUCUUAGCUUGUCAUCCCAGAAAACUCACCCCCUUUUCCUUAGAAACCAUUUUGUUUGAGACUCAUCUCUAAGUAAUUAUUUCAUUUUUAUCUUCAUCCGAUUGAGGCCGCCCAUCUAUAGGGAGCAGAACCAUGGUCGAGGCAGAAAUUACAGUGGGCUUUGACACCGAGGUAUUGGCCAUAAAAGAGCAACUUGCUGGAGGGAAGGAGCAGCUAGAAUUCGUGUCAAUUGUUGGGAUGCCUGGACUCGGAAAGACAACUUUAGCCAAAAAGCUGUAUAAUGAUCCUUAUAUCACAUACCACUUUCAUAUUCGUGCAUGGACCUAUGUUUCUCAAGUACCAAGAAAAACAGAAAUGUUGUUAAACAUUUUACAUUCUCUUAACGUCCUUUCUGGUGAAGAUAAUGACAUGAGUAAUGAAAAGUUAGGCGAAAUGUUGUACAGGAAUUUGAAGGGCAAGAGAUAUCUCAUCGUCAUUGAUGAUAUAUGUGAUAUUGGUGCCUGGGUUGAUCUUAAAAUGUAUUUACCAAAUGACAAAAAUGAAAGUAGGGUCUUGUUUAGUAGCCGGCUCAAAGUGGUGGUUAUGCAUGCCUCGCCUGAUAGCCAUAUUCAUAGUCUGCGUUUUCUAACUGAAGAAGAAAGUUGGGAAUUAUUUCAAUGGAAGGUGUUUCAGAAUGAAAGUUUCCCUCUACAACUGGUCGAAAUUGGGAAGCAAAUAAUGAAAAAAUAUGAAGGGCUUCCACUUGCAAUUAUUGUAAUAGCAGGACUUCUUGAAAAGAACAAGAAAACAGAAGAGUGGUGGAAACAUGUUGCCCAAGGAGUAAGCUCCUUCAUUGUUAGUGAUCCAAACCAACACUUGGACACAAGAGCAUUGAGUUACAAUCACUUGCCUUGUCACUUGAAACCAUGCUUUCUCUAUUUAGGAGCAUUUCCAGAAGACCAAGAGAUUUCGGUGCAGAAGUUAAUUUGGUUAUGGGUAGCAAGGGGAUUUAUACAGAACAUUGGGGAGAGAAGCUUGGAAGAAGUAGCAGAGGAUUACUUAAUGGAUCUAAUUCAAAGAAGUCUGGUAAUCGUUACUCGAAAAAGGUUUGAUGGUCGAAUUAAAGCGUGUCGUAUGCAUGAUCUUUUGCGUGAUUUAUGCUUGAAGAAAGCUAGGGAAAUUAAUUUCUUACACUGAAUUCACAAUUACGAAGACGCUUAUCUUUCUUCUUUAAGUAAUUACAAAGCAAAUAAGCAAUGUUGCUUGUGCAUCAAUUCUAACUAAUUUUGAUUAAACUAUUAUUUUGCAUAAAUAAUUGGGAUUAACAUUGAAAAUGUGAAAUUGGAAGGUUAUGGGUAUAGAUGGUGAAAUUAGAUAUGUAUUAGCUUAUACUUUUGGAAGUUGUGAAUAAACUAUUUAUCUUGAGAUUGAAUAUCUGUUUAGAGAUAAAUGUAUUAGGCUAUCGGUGGAGGAUAGUUAUGAUUGUUGUAGAAAUUCCAUGAGGAU